AUGAAGAAUGCUGCAUAUAACCUUGGUGUCGCAGAUGCUAUAAAAUCACAGAGGAAUCAGAAAUGCCACUUUUCUAAUCCAUACAUCUUUGAGAACCGACCAGAAAGUGCUGCUAUUGUCACUGAAAAGAAAAAUGAGUAUACUAAGAACCUUCUUAAACAAAUAGAUGCCAAUAGUAAACUGGCCAAGAAAAAAAAAGAAAGCCAGGAAGUCUUGGAGCAGCUAGAACGGCUGCAACUCAAACAAGAGAUUGAUGAACAAAAAGCUGAACUGAAGAAACAUCAAUUUGAGCAGAGAGAAAUGUAUAAGAAAGCACUGGAAUACCAGCUGAAACACAGGCCUUCCAGACUGCCCAUCUAUGAGCCCAUGGGCACCUUCACCAACUUUGGGCAGAAUGAGAAGACCCUGGAGGCCGAGAAGCGGCAGAGAAAUAUUGAAUACAUGAAGCAGCAGGUGGAAGCAGCUGCAGGCCACAAAAGACAGCUUAUCCUCAGCCACAUAAAAAAUCUGCAGCAAGAAAAAGAAAUGCUCCAGAAAAACCAAGAAAAGCAUUUAGCAGAAAGAUGUGCAGAAGAGGAUCGAAGGAACACCAUCAAUCAGCGCCUGACAAAAGAAUGGGAUAAAGAUGUGACCCAUGGAUAA